UUCAAUUCCAUUGCAUCGCUGAUUCUGAUUUUCCGUCUUUGCUUGCAGCAGUACACCGGACUUCUAUCGGAGAAAACACGUGCCGCUCAUCCUCCGAACUCCGGUCCUGAGGGGUCCUCCAUUCCUCCAUUCCUCUUCUUCUGCAUACCUCUGUCUCACGUCUCAGAGCAGGCUUUCUCUGUUGACCUUACUGCACUCCCCUGUCAUUGCGUGCUUCUGUCUCGAAUAUUCUUCUUGUUCUCUUGUCUUAGCCGCUUCGGAGUUGCAUGCUUUCGCCAAAAAACAGAGGCAUUUCCGAAAAUCUCACCGGUGGGCAGACCUGUCAGCAGAGCGAGGAAAGUCAAGUACUCAACAUCGAUUAUCCCCGAACAUAGUUGAGACGGUUUCUCGUCGUACUAAUAAGCAGCCCGCAAGAUGCAUAUCAAAGAGAAACUCGCCCAAAAUGAGGCUGCCGGUAAAAUCGGCAUCUCAUUCGAGUUCUUCCCUCCGAAGACAGCGCAAGGUGUCCAGAACCUGUACGACAGAAUGGACCGCAUGCACGGGCUCGGUCCGUCUUUCAUCGAUAUCACUUGGGGUGCUGGUGGACGACUCUCAGACUUGACCUGUGAAAUGGUCAAUGUCGCGCAAUCAGUGUACGGCCUGGAAACAUGCAUGCAUCUCACCUGCACAGAUAUGCCCCAGGAGAGGGUGGACGCGGCGCUCCAAGCCGCCUACAAGGCAGGCUGUACAAACAUUCUCGCUCUACGCGGCGACCCUCCGCGCGAAAAGGAGGUGUGGGAGGCUGCUGAUGGUGGAUUCCGGUAUGCGAAGGACUUGGUGAAGUACAUCCGGGAGAAGUACGGGAACCAUUUCUGCAUUGGAGUUGGGGGAUAUCCUGAAGGUGCCGAUGACAAUUCAGAUGUAGAUCAAUUGAUUGACCAUCUCAAGGAGAAGGUUGAUGCUGGCAGCUCGUUCAUCGUCACUCAGAUGUUUUACGAUACGGACAACUUCAUAAAGUGGGUUGAGAAAUGUCGCGCCAAGGGCAUCAAUGUGCCCAUCAUCCCCGGCAUUAUGCCAAUCCAAACAUAUGCUGCUUUCAUCAGACGUGCGAAUUGGACCAAGACCCAUAUUCCGCCUGACUGGCUUGAGGCUCUGGAGCCCGUGAAGAACGAUGAUGCAGCUGUCAAGCAAGUCGGAAAACGCCUGAUUGCAGACAUGUGUAGGAGGUUGAUCGCCUCUGGCAUCAAGCAUCUGCACUUCUAUACGAUGAACCUCGCCCAGUCCACACAGCUUGUUCUUGAAGAACUGGAACUCACCCCGACGGCCGAGGCUCCAAUUCCUAGGCCUUUGCCUUGGAGGCCUUCGCUUGGUCUAAACCGGAGGGAAGAAGACGUUCGUCCUAUCUUCUGGCGGAACCGCAACUCGUCCUACAUUGCGCGGACUGCGAUCUGGGAUGAAUUUCCCAACGGCCGCUGGACGGACUCCCGAUCGCCCGCCUUUGGUGAGUUGGAACUAUAUGGUGUAGGUCUCAAGGGUACAAACGAACAGAACAUCAAGCUAUGGGGCGAGCCAAACUCCCUCCGUGAUCUUGCUGAAGUCUUUGUUCGUUUCCUGGAAGGCAACCUCGACCGACUCCCCUGGAGUGACUCUCCUAUCACUCCGGAGACAAGCGCCAUCAAGGACGCACUGGUUGAGCUCAACAGACGAGGUUUCUUCACUAUUAAUUCUCAGCCCGCUGUGAACGGUGUGAAGUCUUCCCACCCUGUUUUUGGAUGGGGUCCUAAGAACGGCUUCGUCUACCAGAAGGCAUAUCUUGAGCUUCUCGUUCCGCCCUACGUAAUUGACGAGCUCAUUGCGCGAAUCGAAGCAAACGAGGAUCUUACCUAUCAUGCUGUGACUAAGAAAGGCGAACUGCGAACAAACACUCGCGAUAGCCCUAAUGCUCUGACAUGGGGUAUAUUCGCCGGACGUGAGGUCGUACAGCCAACAAUUGUGGAAACAGUCAGCUUCCUGGCCUGGAAGGACGAGGCGUACCAGCUCGGUGAAGAUUGGGCCAAGUGUCACGAAGCCUCAAGUCCAACCCGUAAGUUGCUCCAGGGCAUAAUGGAUUCAUGGUACCUCGUCAAUAUUGUCAACAACGACUUCCAUAACACCUACGACCUCUUCGAGCUAUUCAAGGACUUGAACGUCAAAGACCUUGAACUCGAGAUCUCAGGUGGAAUCACCGAGGAUAAGGCCCACCACAACGGAACAGCCAAUGGCGCAACCAACGGCACAACCUCCAACGGGACCGCCGCCGAACAGCCCGUGAAAAAUUAG